CUGUUGUUUCCCUACCGGUCAUUUUUCAAGAGUGCCGUAUGUUGCAUUCUGGGAUAUGUGAUGAAUGAAUGCGAAGAAGGGAAGCAAUUCUAAUAUAAAGUAAUUCAGUCCCUCAACAGGGUUAAUUCGUUGUUUAACGCUGAGCCAUCUGGGAAAGAGCAACAAUGUUCAUAUGAAAUUGUCUGGUCAACACUCUUGUUUGGGAACGUUAACAAUCAUUGAUAGGUGCUGACACUGAGCCAGGAGGAUGUAUGCCGUGUACCGUCAGGCGCACUCUCCUACGGCCGUGGAAUUUUCUGUUUACUGUAACUUCAUAUCUAGUGAGGAAAAAAACUUGGUGGUCGCAGGUACCUCACAGCUCUACGUUUACCGAAUCAUUCAUGAUGUCGAGAAUGCCAACAAGACCGAAAAGUCCACAGAUGUCAAGAGCCGCAAGGAGAAGCUGGAACAGGUGGCUUCCUUCUCUCUGUUUGGCAACGUCAUGUCCAUGGCCAGUGUCCAACUGGCUAGCACAAACAGAGAUGCCCUUCUACUGAGCUUUAAAGAUGCAAAGCUGUCAGUUGUGGAGUAUGACCCAGGGACCCAUGACCUAAAGACACUCUCCCUGCAUUAUUUUGAGGAGCCGGAGCUUAGGGACGGAUUUGUCCAGAAUGUACACAUCCCUAUUGUGCGAGUGGACCCCGAGAACCGCUGUGCUGUGAUGCUGGUCUAUGGCACCCGGCUGGUGGUGCUCCCCUUCAGGAGGGAUACCUUGACGGACGAACAGGAGGGAAUCGUGGGAGAGGGGCAGAAGUCCAAUUUCCUCCCCAGCUACAUCAUCGAUGUCCGGGAGCUCGAUGAGAAGCUGCUGAAUAUCAUUGACAUGAAGUUCCUGCACGGCUACUACGAGCCCACUCUGCUCAUCCUCUACGAGCCCAACCAGACUUGGCCUGGGCGUGUAGCUGUACGACAAGACACCUGCAGUAUCGUGGCCAUCUCCCUCAACAUCAUGCAGAAGGUGCACCCGGUCAUCUGGUCGCUCAGCAACCUGCCCUUCGACUGCACACAGGUCAUGCCGGUGCCUAAGCCAAUCGGUGGUGUUGUGGUGUUUGCUGUGAACUCCCUACUGUAUCUGAACCAGAGUGUUCCUCCCUAUGGCGUCGCCCUCAACAGCCAGACCAACGGGACCACGGCCUUCCCCUUGAAGGUUCAGGAUGAACUGAGGAUCUCACUGGACUGUUCUCAGGCCUCCUUCAUUGGGCCUGACAAGAUGGUCAUCUCCCUGAAAGGAGGAGAGAUCUAUGUUCUCACCCUCAUCACUGACGGCAUGAGGAGUGUGCGCUCCUUCCACUUCGACAAGGCUGCCGCCAGCGUGCUCACCACCUGUAUGAUGACGAUGGAGCCGGGGUAUCUGUUCCUGGGCUCCCGGCUCGGCAACUCCCUGCUGCUGAAGUACACCGAGAAGUUCCAGGAGCCGCCCAUGGAUGAGGACGAAGAUGAAGACAAUGAGAAGGACAAGGAGAGAGACAAAGGGGAGGAGCCGCCCAGUAAGAAGAAGCGCAUGGAUUCUUCAGCCAGCUGGACAGCUAAGUCAUCCAUGCCAGAUGAACUGGAUGAGAUUGAAGUUUACGGCAGCGAGGCCCAGUCAGGCACUCAGCUGGCCACCUACUCCUUUGAGGUGUGUGAUAGCAUUUUAAACAUCGGGCCCUGUGCCAAUGCCUCCAUGGGGGAGCCAGCGUUCCUGUCAGAAGAGUUCCAAAACAACCCAGAGCCUGACCUGGAAGUGGUGGUGUGUUCUGGCUUUGGCAAGAAUGGAGCUCUGUCUGUCCUUCAGAGGAGCAUUAGGCCACAGGUGGUCACGACCUUUGAACUCCCCGGUUGCCAUGACAUGUGGACGGUCAUAUCCAGUGAGGAGAAGCCAGAGCAGUCAUCCACUGAGGAGGCAGACAGUCAGAAUCCUGAGGAGGAGAAGCAGGAGCCGACCAUAGAGGACGAGAAAAACAAACAUGGCUUUCUCAUUCUGAGCAGAGAGGACUCCACUAUGAUCCUGCAGACGGGGCAGGAGAUUAUGGAGCUGGACACCAGCGGCUUCGCCACUCAGGGCCCCACUGUGUUCGCCGGCAACAUCGGGGACAACAAGUACAUCAUCCAGGUGUCGCCCAUGGGCAUCAGGCUGCUGGAGGGGGUGAACCAACUCCACUUCAUCCCGGUGGAUCUGGGCUCUCCCAUAGUGCAGUGCUCCGUGGCUGACCCCUAUGUGGUCAUCAUGACGGCCGAAGGCGUGGUCACCAUGUUUGCGCUGAAGACUGACUCUUAUAUGGGGAAGACCCACAGACUGGCUCUGCAGAAGCCUCAGAUUCACAUGCAAUCACGCGUGAUCACGCUCUGUGCCUACCGCGACGUGAGCGGCAUCUUCACCACGGAGAACAAGGUCAACUUCCAGGCCAAGGAGGACGUGGGGGAAAGGAGUCACCCAGAGACUGAGCUGGUCAUGCAGGACAUGAGUAACACAGUGGAUGACGAGGAGGAGAUGCUCUAUGGCGACUCCGGCCCUCCCUCCAGCCCCAAAGACGAGGCCAGCUACGCAGCCUCCGCUGCAAGGCACUCUGGGAAAGGGGUUCACGGCAAGAAGGAACCUACACACUGGUGCAUUGUGGUCAGAGAGAAUGGCGUUAUGGAGAUUUUCCAGCUGCCAGACUGGCGUCUGGUCUUCUUGGUGAAGAACUUCCCAGUUGGACAGAGGGUGUUGGUGGACAGUUCAGCUGGCCAAUCAGCAACACAGGAAGGUAAAAAGGAGGAGGUGACUCGUCAGGGAGAUAUCCCAUUGGUCAAGGAGGUAUCCCUGGUGGCACUGGGCUACAAUAAGAGCCGGCCCUACCUGCUGGUCCAUGUUGAACAGGAGCUACUUAUCUAUGAAGCUUUCCCUUAUGACCAGAAACUAGCCCAGAGCAAUUUGAAAGUGCGCUUUAAAAAGAUGCCACAUAACAUCAACUUCCGGGAGAAGAAAGCCAAGCUCUCAAAGAGGGACAAGAAGGCUGAGGGGCCCGGUGAGGAUGGUGCGGGGGUCAAAGGUCGUGUGGCCAGAUUCAGAUACUUCAGGGACAUCUCUGGAUACUCAGGGGUGUUCAUCUGUGGGCCGUCGCCACACUGGAUGCUGGUGACGUCCCGCGGGGCCAUGAGGCUCCACCCCAUGAUCAUCGACGGGCCCAUCGAGUCCUUCUCCCCGUUCCACAACAUCAACUGCCCCAAGGGCUUCCUCUACUUCAACAAACAGGGAGAGCUGAGGAUCAGUGUGUUGCCCACCUACCUCUCAUACGACGCUCCGUGGCCUGUCCGGAAGAUUCCGUUAAGGUGUACAGUCCAUUACGUGUCCUACCAUGUGGAGUCUAAGGUGUAUGCGGUGUGCACGAGCGUAAAGGAGCCCUGCACGCGCAUCCCCAGGAUGACCGGAGAGGAGAAGGAGUACGAGACCAUCGAGAGAGAUGACCGGUACAUAAACCCUCAGCAGGAGAAGUUCUCUAUUCAGCUCAUCUCCCCCGUCAGCUGGGAGGCCAUCCCAAACACACGUAUUGAUUUGGAGGAGUGGGAACAUGUGACCUGCAUGAAGACGGUGGCCCUGAAGAGUCAGGAGACGGUGUCUGGACUGAAGGGCUACGUGGCUUUGGGAACCUGUCUCAUGCAGGGGGAGGAGGUCACCUGCAGGGGGAGAAUCCUGAUCCUCGAUGUGAUUGAGGUUGUGCCUGAGCCCGGCCAGCCCCUGACCAAGAACAAGUUUAAGGUGCUCUAUGAGAAGGAGCAGAAAGGCCCGGUGACUGCACUCUGCCACUGCAGUGGAUACCUGGUGUCUGCCAUUGGACAGAAAAUCUUCCUGUGGAGCCUGAAGGAUAAUGAUCUGACGGGUAUGGCCUUCAUCGACACGCAGCUCUACAUCCACCAGUUGAUCAGCCUCAAGAACUUCAUCCUGGCCGCUGACGUCAUGAAGAGCAUCUCGCUGCUGCGCUACCAGGAGGAGAGCAAGACCCUCUCACUGGUCAGCAGGGAUGCCAAACCUCUGGAGGUGUACAGCAUAGAGUUCAUGGUGGACAACAACCAGAUAGGUUUCUUAGUGUCUGACAGGGACAAAAAUCUGCUGGUCCACAUGUAUCUCCCAGAAGCGAAAGAGAGUUAUGGGGGCAUGCGUCUGCUGCGCCGAGGGGACUUUAACGCGGGCGCGCACGUGAACGCACUGUGGAGGAUGCCCUGCCGCGGGGCGCUGGACAGCACUAAGAAGUCCCUCGCCUGGGACAACAAGCACAUCACCUGGUUUGCCACACUGGAUGGAGGUAUUGGGCUGCUGCUGCCUAUGCAGGAGAAGACGUACCGGCGUCUGCUGAUGUUACAAAAUGCCUUGACCACAAUGUUGCCUCACCAUGCAGGCCUCAACCCUAAAGCUUUCAGGGGGUUGCAAAGUGACCGGCGGUUACUUCAGAAUCCCAUGCGGAACAUUCUGGAUGGGGAGCUCUUGAACAAGUUCCUGUACCUGAGCACAAUGGAACGCAGUGAGUUGGCCAAGAAGAUCGGUACCACUUCAGACAUUAUUUUGGAGGAUCUCCUGGACAUUGACAGAGUAACAGCUCACUUCUAAAGCCUGGCCGUUUCUGGAGGUUCAUCCACCAUGCUGUACUUCUGAGUUCCUGUGUUUAGUUUAACGCCAGACUGAUUGAAAAAAAAAAUCUUUUCUUUUUUUUCUGUAAUACUCAAAGGUCUGGGAAAUUAUUUUGUUGUAUGUCUUUUUACAAACGCUCAAAAAAAAGGUAAUUGAAGAUUGUAUCAUGUUUCAUGAAAUAUUUUGUAAACAAAACCAAUUAAAAAAAAAACAUUCCUCAA